GGAGCGCCCCGCCCCCUCGCCGCGCUCCGCCAUGGCCGCCAUGGAGAAGCUGAUGCGGGCCUUCGAGGCGCUGCGCUCCUUCCAGCAGCAGCCGCCGCCGCCGCCGCCGCCCAGCCCCGCCGCCCCCGCGCCCGAGGAGCCGCCCGCCCGCCCAAAGAAGGAAUUGUCCACAUCCAAGAAAGACCGAGUCAAUCAUUGCCUGACAAUAUGUGAAAACAUCGUUGCUCAGAGUUUAAGGAAUUCUCCGGAGUUUCCAAAGUUGUUGGGGAUCGCCAUGGAACUCUUCCUUCUGUGCAGCGACGAUGCAGAGUCUGAUGUCAGGAUGGUCGCCGACGAGUGUCUCAAUAAAGUGAUAAAAGCGCUGAUGGAUUCUAGUCUCCCUCGGCUACAAUUGGAACUCUACAAAGAGAUUAAAAAAAACGGUGCUUCCCGGAGUCUGCGGGCUGCUCUGUGGAGAUUUGCUGAGCUUGCACAUCUUGUGAGACCUCAGAAAUGCAGGCCGUACUUUGUGAACCUCCUGCCCUGCUUAACCCGGGUCAGCAGGCGGCCCGAAGACUCCGUGCAGGAAACCUUGGCGGCGGCGAUGCCCAAAAUCAUGGCAGCUUUUGGAAAUUUUGCGAACGACGGCGACAUCAAGGUUUUAUUGAAAGCUUUCAUAGGUAAUCUUAACUCCAACUCUCCCACCAUCCGUCGGACGGCGGCUGCAGCCACGGUGAGCAUCUGUCAGCAUUCACGAAGGACACAGUAUUUUUACACCCGGUUGCUUCAGGUGUUGCUAGGGCUGCUGUGUCCCAAGGAAGAAGAGCAUCCCAGCGUCUUGAUCCUCGGGGUGUUGCUCACCCUGAGGUACCUGAUCCCAUUGCUGCAACAGCAGGUGAAAGACACCAGCCUGAAAGGCAGCUUCGGGGUGAUACAGAAGGAAACCGAGAUCUCGCCUUCCUUGGACCAACUCAUAGAGGUGUAUGAACUGAGUCUCCAGUACACCCAGCACCGGGAUCACAACGUUGUGACCGGAUCCCUGGAGCUGUUGCAGCAACUCCUCAGGACGCCUCCCCCCAACCUCCUCUUGGUCCUCACGAUGCGUGGGGGGCUUUUGCAAGCCAGCGCAGCCGAAGACGAGAUUGUGAGCAGAAGCCGCAGUGACAGCAUCGUGGAACUGAUAGCUGGAGGGGGGUCUUCCUGCAGCCCUGUUUUUUCCAGAAAACAAAAAGCUAAAGUCCUAUCAGGAGAAGAAGAAGGUCUGGAAGAAGAUACUGAAGCCAGAUCUGAAACCAGCCAAAUGGACUUUGCAGGGUCUGUGAAAAGCGAGCUCAGCAGCGAAUUGGCUCCCACCUCGGGCCUGGCGACAGCAGCCGUCUCGGCCUCCGAUCCUCCGGCUUGCGACAUCAUCACGGAACAGCCCCGUUCUCAGCACGUCCUGCAGUCCGAGUCGGAGCUCCCGGCAUGCGAUCCGACAGGCGCGGCCCCAAGAGCCGAUGCCGACGACGAGAUCCUGAGCCGGAGUUCCAGCCAGAUCAGCACCAUCCAGUCGGACAUGAACGACGGCACCUCGUCGCCCAUCAGCGACAGCUCCCAGACCACCACCGAAGGGCCGGACUCGGCGGUGACCCCCUCCGAUUUCUCCGAAAUGAUUCUGGAGGGUGGCGAGAAUCAGUACUCCGGAAUGCAGAUCGGUCAACUGCAGGACGAAGAAGAAGAAGCGACAAGCGAUCUACACAACGAGGCCCUGGAUCCUUCCCGAAAUUCUUGCCUCGAGCUUCAGCGAUCUCAUUUAGCGAAAAGCGUGAGCCACAGCCGGGAGCCUUCAAAUGGCAGCGUGGAGAAGUUUGCGCCGAAGGAAGAAGCUGAACUGGCUGACCACGGAAAUAAGCUCUCCAGAAUUAAAGGCGAUAUCGGGGGCUACCAGGAUGGAAGCGCUGCUCCAUUAGUCCAUUGUGUUCGCCUCCUGUCAGCCUCUUUUCUGCUCACAGGAGAGAAAGGGGCUCUGGUGCCGGAUAAAGAAGUCCGGGUCAGCGUGAAAGCCUUGGCCAUCAGCUGUGUGGGGGCAGCAGUGGCCCUUCACCCGGAAGCUUUCUUCAGCAAACUGUUCAAAAUGCCCGCUGAGAGUGCCAAAGAGGAAAGGGAAGAGCAGUACGUGAAGGACAUUGUGAAUUAUAUCGACCAUGGUGAUCCACAGAUCAGAGGCACCACUGCGAUUUUAUGCGGGACUAUUAUUUACUCCAUCCUGGUCCAGUCUUGCUUCAGUGUGGAGAGCUGGCUAGAAAAUAUAAAAGCAUCCCCAGGUACGCUGGUGGACUGUAUCUCCUUGCUCCAAAAGACCCUGAAAGACGAGUCUUCGGUCACGUGCAAAUUGGCCUGCAUAGCUGUGAGGCAUUGUAUCAUGAGCUUGUGUGGCAGCAGCCAUAGUUCCUUGGGGCUGCAAUUACUGGUUGACCUCCUGCUGCUAAGAAACUGUUCCUAUUGGCUGGUUAGGACGGAGCUUCUGGAAACGGUGGCUGAAAUAGAUUUUCGGCUGAUCCAAUUUUUGGAAGAGAGGGACAGCAACCUGCAUAGAGGGGAUCAUCAUUAUACUGGGCUGUUAAAACUUCAGGAGCGGGUUCUGAAGGAAGUGGUCAUUUCUCUCCUGGGGGACAAAGACCCCAGGGUCAGGCGCGUGGCAGCGGCUGCUUUAGUAAGGCUGGUUCCAAAACUGUUCUACAGUUGCGACGGAGGGCAGGCUGACCCAGUCGUAGCUCUGGCGAAGGAGCAGAGCAGCGUCUACCUGAAACUCUUGAUGCACGAAACGCCACCAGCUUCCCAGUUUGCCGUGAGCACCAUCACCAGAACAUACAGAGGAUACAAUCUGAUGCAAAGUCCAGCAGAUGUCAUGGUGGAGAACAAUCUUUCCAGAGUGAUCUCGGCGGUGUCCCACGCCUUGACAACGUCCCCUUCACGGUCUCUGACGUUUGGCUGCUGCGAAGCGUUGUGUCUUUUGUCCUCGUCGUUUCCGGUUUGCACCUGGAACGUGGGAUGGCAUUGUGGUUUUUUUCUCCUGGGAGGCGUGGAGGAGCCUCAGGAGAAGAGCACAAUUGGGAUGGUGGGCUUGCUGUUGUCCCUCCUUUCCUCCGUUUCGUUCCCUCUGGAUCUCUCUGCUCACCAAGAUGCUUUGGUCCUGGCUGGGAACUUGCUGGCAGCCAGCGCCUCCAAAUCUCUGCAAAACCCCUGGACGCACAGCGAGGACGAAGCGAGCGUUGCGGCCGUUAAGCAGGAGGACUCGUGGGCGGCCUUAGCUGACCAGACGCUGGCCCUGAUGGUGGACCACCUCUUUUCCCAUUUGCUGAAGGUCAUCAACAUUUGCUCCCACAUCCUGGACGAUGCCAUUCCCGGCCCGACACUAAAGGCCACGUUACCGUCUCUAACCAACCCACCUUCGCUGAGUCCAAUCCGUCGCAAAGGGAAAGAGAAAGAUGUUGCAGAACAAGCCACGGUAGCCAUAAGCCCUAAAAAGACGAGUGAAAACAGCCCAGCUCCCAGGCAAAGUGACAUUCCCAGCUCGGCUCCUCCAAGUAAAUCAUCCUCAACGUUGGGUAACUUCUAUCAUCUCCCAUCGUAUCUCAAGCUCUACGACGUCCUGAAGGCCACCUACGCCAACUAUAAGGUCACACUCGAUCUCCAAAACGUCAGUGAAAAGUUUGGUGCUUUCCUGAGAUCAGCUUUGGACGUUCUCUCUCAAAUCUUAGAACUGGCAACUCUACAAGACAUUGGAAAGUAUGUCGAAGAAAUUCUGUGUUACCUGAAAUCCUGUUUCAACAAAGAACCGGUCAUGGCAACGGUGUGCGUUCAGCAGUUACUGAAGACCUUGUUUGGCACCAACCUGGCCUCUCAGUUUGACAGCUGGUCUUCCAACUCUUGCCGAGCCCAAGGCAAAUGCCAGCGCCUGGGCUCCUCCAACUUAAGGCCGGGCCUUUACCACUGCUGCUUCAUGGCUCCUUACACCCAGUUCACCCAGGCUCUCGCCGAUGCCAGUUUGCGGAACAUGAUGCAGGCCGAGCAGGAACGCGACACCUCGGGCUGGUUUGACAUCUUGCAAAAAGUUUCUGCGCAACUGAAAACUGGCACCACAAAUAUGGCCAAGCACCGGGCUGACAAGAAUAUCAUCCACAACCACAUCCGUCUCUUUGAACCGCUUGUCAUCAAAGCACUCAAGCAGUACACCACCACCACGUCGGUGCAACUGCAGCGACAAGUCUUGGACCUUCUCGCUCAGCUCGUUCAACUGCGGGUCAACUACUGUCUCCUGGACUCUGACCAAGUUUUUAUUGGAUUUGUUCUAAAGCAGUUUGAAUACAUUGAAGUCGGCCAGUUCAGGGAAUCGGAAGCCAUCAUUCCCAGCGUCUUUUUCUUCCUGGUGCUGUUGUCUUAUGAGCGCUACCACUCCAAGCAGAUCAUUGGAAUUCCUAAAAUUAUUCAGCUGUGCGACGGGAUCAUGGCCAGCGGAAGGAAAGCCGUGACACACGCAAUCCCGGCUCUGCAGCCCAUCGUCCACGACCUCUUCAUCUUAAGAGGAGCAAAUAAAGCCGAUGCCGGCAAAGAACUGGAAACCCAAAAGGAAGUGGUGGUCUCCAUGUUGCUGAGGCUGAUCCAGUAUCAUCAGGUGCUGGAGAUGUUUAUCCUGGUGCUGCAACAGUGUCACCGAGAGAACGAAGAGAAGUGGAAGAGGCUGUCGCGACAGGUAGCAGACAUCAUCCUGCCAAUGCUGGCCAAACAACAGAUGCAGAUCGAUUCCCACGAAGCUCUGGGGAUACUGAACACUCUGUUUGAGAUCCUGGCCCCGUCCGCCCUGCGGCCGGUGGACAUGCUCUUGCGAAGCAUGUUCGUCACGCCCAGCACGAUGGCUUCCGUGAGCACCGUCCAGUUAUGGGUCUCCGGCAUUCUGGCCAUCCUGCGGGUCCUGAUUUCCCAGUCCACGGAAGACAUCGUCCUUUCCCGCAUCCAGGAGCUCUCCUUUUCCCCCCGUCUCAUCUCCUGCCAGACGAUUCACCGGCUGAGAAACGGGGGGAACAGAAUCCCUGCAACGCAGGAGACCGCCCCGGAGGAGCACGACCGCUUCCUGCCCGAAGAGACCUUUUCCAGAUUCCUAAUGCAGCUGGUGGGAAUCCUCUUGGAAGACAUCACAAGCAAACAGUUUCACGUGGAGAUGAGCGAACAGCAACACACCUUCUACUGCCAGGAACUGGGCACCCUUCUCAUCUGCUUAAUUCAUACCUUCAAAUCAGGAAUGUUCCGAAGAAUCACAGCUGCAGCUACCAAGCUUUUUACAGGGAACGGAGCCCACAGUCUCCAUUUCUACACCCUGGAGAGAUUAAACGACCUCGUCAAGUCCAUGAUAGCCACCCACCCAUCGCUGGUCCUUCUCUGGUGUCAGAUCUUGCUGCUUGUGAAUUACACCGACUCCUGCUGGUGGUCCAAAGUUCAUCAGACUCCCAAACGGCAGAGCCUAUCAAGUGCUAAAUUGCUCAGCCCUCAAGCCUGCGGGGGUCCCCGCGCAGAAGAUGGGAGCGCCAAACUUAGCAUCUGCAACCGAGAGAUCGUACGGAGGGGAUCCCUCAUCCUGUUUUGUGACUAUGUGUGCCAAAACCUGCACGACUCCGAGCACUUAACCUGGCUGACCGUGAAUCACGUCCAGGAACUGAUCAGUCUGUCUCACGAACCCCCUGUCCAGGAUUUUAUAAGCGCCAUUCACAGAAACUCGGCCGCCAGCGGGCUUUUCAUCCAGGCUAUCCAGUCACGAUGUGAGAACUUCGCCUCUCCGACAGCAGUAAAGAAGACCCUGCAGUGUUUGGAGGGCAUCCAUCUCAGCCAGUCGGGGGCCGUGCUGGUCUUGUACGUGGACAAGCUUCUCUCCACUCCCUUCCGUGUGCUGGCCCACAUGGUGGACACCUUGGCCUGCCGUCGCGUGGAAAUGCUUUUAGCGGCGUCUGUGCAGAACAGCACGGCUCAGUUGCCAGUUGAGGAGCUGGACCGAAUACAGGAAUAUCUUCAGAACACUGGAUUAGCCCACCGGCAUCAAAGACUCUACUCCCUGUUGGAUCGGUUUCGUCUAACGGUGGCUCCGGAAACCAUUAGCCCCUCGCCUUUGGUUACGGCACAUCCCCUGGAUGGGGGGAACCAUCCCGCUCUAGAAACUUUAAUUCCAGACAAAGAUUGGUACUGUUCGCUGGUGAGGUCCCAGUGCUACACCAAAUCAGCUUUCGCUCUGCCGGAAGGUGCCGAAUUGAUGAAUCGCCUUCCUGAACAAGAACUGGUUCCCUUUAUGAUGCACCAGGAUUUCAACAUCGGCCUGCUGGCCCCGUGUUUGAGCCUGGCUGGGCAAGAACUCUCCCGAGGGAUGAGGGGCCAUUUCGAAGCCGCCCGCCUGGUCACGCUGCACCAGGUGACGGAGGUGGUGCGCAAGCUGCCCGCCAACCACCAGGUCUUCCAGCCGAUGCGGCCGAUGGGAUCGUCCCCGUACUGGAACAAACUCGGCAAUAUUUACGGAGACCCAGAAAUUUUUCAGUUCACAAUGGUUCUAGCCCAAGCUUUAAGUCAGUAUCUGGUGUUGCUUUCCAAACUGCCAGCGUCUCUUCGCAUUCCCCGCGAGAAGGAAAGUGACAUUGUGAAGUUUGUGGUAAUGCUGCUAGAGAUGCUGUCUUGGCACUUAAUAUGCAAGCAGGUUCCCCUAAGUAUUGAUCUCCAGGCAGUGCUGGAGUGCUGUUGCCUGGCAUUGCAACAGACUGAGCUGUGGAAUCUCUGGGCAACAACAGAGUACACCAGCCAUUCCUGCUCGCUAAUCCAUUGCACCCGAUUCAUCCUGGAAGCAGUGGCAAUUGAGCCGGGAAAUCGCCUCCUGAGUCCAGAUAAAGGGAAGACGAUCCAGAAGGCCACCAGCGAGAAUGAUGGAAGGAGUUCAGAGACACCAAAUUCCGAGUAUAUUACAGCCACUUGUGAAGUGGUGGCAGAGUUGGUGGAAUGCCUGCAGUCUGUCCUGGCUCUGGGGCACAAGGAGAACCGCCCCAUCCCUGCAUUCCUGACCCCCGUUCUGAAGAACAUCAUCAUCAGCCUCUCUCGGUUACCCUUAGUCAACAGCUACGCGCGGGUUCCCUUCCUGGUCUGGAAGUUGGGCUGGUCCCCAAAGCCAACGGGAGAAUUCAGCACGACGUUUCCCGAAAUCCCGGUAGAAUUUUUUCAAGAGAGAGAAAUCUUCAAAGAAUUCAUCUAUCGCAUUAACACCCUGGGGUGGACAAACCGCAUGCAGUUUGAGGAAACCUGGGCCACCCUCCUGGGUGUCCUUGUGACCCAGCCGAUCACAAUGGACCCGGAGGACAACCAGCAAGAGGAAGACAUGGAAAGGACCCAGAUAAACGUCCUGGCUGUUCAGGCGAUCACUUCCUUAGUGCUGAGCGCAAUGACCAUCCCGCUGGCCGGCAAUCCGGCCGUCAGCUGUUUGGAGCAGCAGCCUCGAAACAAAACCUUGAAAGCUCUGGACACCAGGUUUGGGAGAAAACUGAACAUCAUCCGAGGAACCAUCGAGCAAGAGAUUCAAGAGCUGGCAUCUAAGAGAGACAACGUUGCUUGCCACCAUUUGUACCAGGUGUGGGACCCCGUUCCAUCCCUGGCCCCCUCUACUACAGGCGCCCUCAUUAGCCACGAAAAACUGCUGCUGCAAAUCAAUACGGAACGUGAAAUGGGGAACAUGGGGUACAAACUUGGACAGGUCUCCAUCCAUUCUGUGUGGCUGGGAAAUAGCAUCACGCCGUUGCGGGAGGAAGAGUGGGGUGACGAUGAAGAUGACGAGAGCGACAUGCCUGUCCUUUCUUCGCCCCCAUCCUCCCCAAUGAAUUCCAGGAAGCACCGCGCCGGGGUGGACAUCCAUUCGUGUUCUCAGUUCCUGCUGGAAUUGUACAGUCAGUGGAUUCUCCCAUCCAGCGAGAGCAAGAGGACGCCGGUCACCCUGAUCAGCGAAGUGGUCCGAUCCCUUUUAGCUGUCUCUGACUUAUUUACGGAAAGAAACCAGUUUGAAAUGAUGUACACCACCUUGACGGAACUGCGGAAGGUCCACCCGUCCGAAGACGAGAUCCUCCUUCAGUACUUGGUCCCUGCUCUGUGUAAAGCAGCUGCCGUUCUUGGCAUGGAUAAAGCUGUGGCCGAGCCGGUCAGCCGCCUGCUGGAAUCCACGCUCCGUAGCGCACACAUGCCCAGCCGAAUUGGAGCCCUGCACGGCAUCCUCUACAUUUUGGAGUGCGACCUCCUGGACGACACGGCGAAGCAACUCGUUCCGGUCAUCACCGACUACCUGCUGUCCAAUCUGCGAGGAGUUGCCCACUGUGUGAACCUCCACAAUCAGCAGCACAUCUUGGUCAUGUGCGCCGUGGCCUUCUACUUAAUCGAAAACUACCCCGCUGACGUCGGGCCCGAAUUCUCUUCAGGAAUUAUUCAGAUGUGCGGAGUGAUGCUGUCCGAAAAUGAGGGAUCUACUCCGUCGUUGAUCUAUCACUGUGUGCUCAGAGGUCUGGAAAGGCUCCUCCUUUCGGAGCAGCUGUCUCAGCUGGACUGUGAAGCCCUGGUCAAGCUGAGUGUGGACCGCGUGAACGUCCUCAGUCCCCACAGAGCCAUGGCGGCCUUGGGGCUCAUGCUGAGCUGCAUGUACACAGGAAAAGAGAAAGUCAGUCCCGGACGAAGCGCAGAUCACCACCCGGCAGCUCCGGACAGCGAAUCAGUCAUCGUGGCGAUGGAGCGAGUGUCUGUCCUCUUUGACCGGAUCAGAAAAGGCUUCCCCUUUGAAGCCCGGGUGGUCACUCGGAUCCUCCCCCAGUUUCUGGAUGACUUUUUCCCCCCGCAAGACGUGAUGAAUAAAGUGAUUGGAGAAUUUUUAUCCAACCAGCAACCCUACCCACAAUUCAUGGCGAAAGUACUCUACAAGGUCUUCCAGACGUUGCACACGACCGGUCAGUCCUCCAUGGUCCGGGACUGGGUGAUGCUGUCGCUCUCCAACUUUACGCAGCGCACGCCGAUCGCCAUGGCGAUGUGGAGCCUCUCCUGUUUUUUUGUCAGCGCUUCCACCAGCCAGUGGAUUUCGGGGAUUCUCCCACACAUUAUCAGCAGAAUGGGGAAAUCGGAGCAAAUAGACGUCAAAUUGUUUUGCCUGGUGGCCAUAGAUUUUUACAGGCAUCAGAUAGACGAAGAACUGGAUCGCCGUGCCUUCCAGUCGAUCUUUGAAGUGGUCUCCUCGCCGGGGAAUCCGUAUCACCACCUGCUGACUUGCUUGCAAAGCAUUCACAAGAUCACCCCGUGUUGAAGGAGGGCCGAGGAAGCACGGGAAGGACUAGGAAGUUGAACAAAAUGUGUCUCACGCAACGGAGGUCCCUGGCAAACCCUCGGCCUGGUUUUAUUUAAUUUUCCCUACGUAAUCGAGAUGAAACACGGUGGCUGGGCCAAGCGACACAAAGCACGGUUUUUGUGAAGCAAAAAUGACACCUAAGUAAGCUACGGACAAAAUAUUGACGCGAAGCAAAACAGCUCAUCUUGGCUUAAAUUUGUAUAUUGUUAAUCCUGAACCUCGUGAAUUCUGCAGUAUCGGCUCACGGACAUUUAAAAAGCCUUUAGUUUCAUCUAGCUGCAAGUGUCCUGUUGCGAUUUGUAGUUAUUUCCUAAGGUGACAGAGAGAAAAAGGGAAAAAACCACACUGAAUAUAUAUAUAUAUAUACAUACAUAUAUAUAUGCACACUCCAACAUAUUUUGGUCUAUAAGAGUGGGGAAAUGAGACAUGUGAUAAUAUACUUCCUUUUAUACCUCUAGAUUUAAAAGUUGGAUCAAUAUCUCGGUUUUAAAAACAGCCAAUGUAAAUAGUUCUAAAUGAUGUAUAGUACGUUAAGACACAGGAACGGAGUGAGGCUGGGAAGCACUUAAAAGGAUUAAAAGCGAGAUUUUGCCACGUAUGUUGAAUAGUUCGUUACCGUUUCCUAUCGUACAUUCCUUAGGCCUAUUUUUUUAAUGCACUCCCGCGUCACCUUUUAAACUCUCGUUUCAUCUUUUGUACGCUACUCUUUGAAAAGUUUAACUAUAUUGAUGAGUUUAAGUUGGACGUUUAAAAGAGAGAGAGAAUUUUAUGGAGGUGGUUUGGAUUCACCGGAAUUAGCACCGGGGGGGCGGGAGGAAGUGGACACUUUGCAAAACAAAAAAAACAACCCUUUGAAGUGAGCAUGUGUUAGGAAAUCUCUCCUUACAAUAAGGGCGCUUUGGGCGAAGUCAUUUUUGGACUGAAGUCACGGCAGUGGCUUUGGACUAAGAAAACUUUGCAAACGGACUGGGAACCAAUCCUGAUUCUUGUGACCUUUUCUGUGACUCUUUAGAGGACUUGAUCAACAGGCAAAUAGCACCUUGUGGUGGGACGGGAGUAAGUUUGGGAGUUUGGGAUCUGUAGUUCAAAACUGGACAGACUCGUUCACAAAAGCUGGCAAGGACGCUUCUCUUGUUUCUCUCUCUCCUUCUCGCACACACACAUAGACACAGCCCUGCACUAUUGCAAUCCCACACUCCCUGUCUCCCUUUCUCUCUGCAUGACUUCUGCUUCCCAGGCGGUCACUUUCCUAAAUUCGGCGGCUUCUCUCGCGCCCUCUUCUACUGAAAUGUAGCAGACCCUUCCCUUCUUUUCCAAAUCCAGAGGGGUCCAUCCGGGAAGGCAGCUGGCAAGAGGCUGGGCUGGCCCCAUCCUUCCCUUCCCUCUGCCAGCUGUGCCAGCUGUGAAGGCUGCCCAGCGCGAUCCAAGAGGCCAAGAACCAGGCCUCUUCCAGCCACUGGCUGCCAGUACCGCAGAGACUCUUCUGUGCCACUCCUCCCCCCCCCCCAGUCCAAGUGCAAGGAAUGCCCAGAAGCCCAUCAUCCUGGACCGGAAGUUACAGGACCACGUGCUUUUCCCAUGCGGAGCUAUGGGUGCCUCCUUGUGAGACCAAAUCGGGCUGGGACGUUCGGCCUUUUGAACGUUAGCCACAUUCCUGGGAUAGAAUUCAUCUCCAUAGUGUUUUUUUUUUCCUUGCUAACAAAAUUUAAAUUUUAUCGGAAGGAAUACGAGUUGCAUUGGUGUACAUAAUGUACGUAUAAAAUAUAUGCAACGGCCUUGGAUGUAUGCAUACAAAUUAUUUAUUAAACGGAGUUUAAACUAA